AUGCUCUUCACUCUGCUGACCCUUGUGCUCGCCCUAUCGCUGCUUGCGACCUGCGCAAGUAUCCCAGCGGCACAACCUCAGCCUCAGUCACCUCCUUCUUCCACCACCCCAAUCCCAGCCUCCGCAUCAGACUCCACCGAUGGUCUACAAACCGUCAACCCUGUCGACAUGGGUCAACUCUGCCAACAACCUGCCUACUAUUGUAUCUACGUAGACCAAGUUCGAGCAGGCAUCGUCCAUGCUUCACCUGUAAACGCUACUGAUCGUCAGGGAGGCUUUCUAUUCGAGCGCAAAGCAUACCUGGAUCAAGCCUUCCACGUUUGUUUCGGCGGUUCUUGUAUCGACCUCGACUUCAAAUCGCGACCAGGCUGUGUGACGAUGAACUACGUUGCAAGAGAGAGCGAGAUCAAAGGACAUUUGUUGGCUAGAUUUGCGGAUAAUGUACAGAACAUUAUUGGUCCAAGACAGGAUAUGUUGCAGAUGUUGAUCGCUUGUCCUAAUAAUGAUCAGCCUCUUCCCUAUGCUGUCAUUGGACCUAGAGGUGGAGCUAAGAAGCAGGAUCAGAAGCAGGAUAAAAAGGAGGAUAAAAAGGAGGAGAAGAAGGAGGAGAAAGAGGCAAAGGAAACAGAUACUGGAGUAGCGGCAAAAGCUGCCGUAAAAGAGAACAAGUCCGCUUUUCCUCCUACGGCUGCUAAUAUUACACAGCCAGGCAAGUUGGGUCAUAAUUACUUUGACGAUGUCACUGUGCCUUUGGUUGAUGCUUGA